GCGGUUCGAUUGAAAAGUUAUUAUGAAAUGUACAUAAAAUAUUUUGUAUUUUCUGUAAUUUGAUUAAUUAACAGUACGUACGUAAUUAAAAUUAUAUUAUUUAAACAAAAUCGUGAUUAUUUUAAUCGAACGAAAGUCUUUUUAUUUAUAAUUGUAACGUUUAUAACACAUAAGAAAUGCCCACUCAUUUUAAAUGGAAAGUAAAUGGCAAGAAAAAGUUACACAAACCAACGAAGAAGGCAUUCAGACAGCCUCCAUGGGAUAACAGUAUAACAGAUUUGACAAAUUAUCAGUUAACUCCAGAUGAAAUUAAACGACGUCACGUCAUUCAUAAGUCAAAAAAUGCAGAAAUUGCAAAAUUAGAACUUAUUGAAAAAUAUCAUCCAAGUCUUAAAAAUACAUCUGAUUCUUCAAUAAAUAAUAUUGAAAACGAACAUAAUUCACAUCAAGUAAUUCAGGAUUAUCUUUCUGUUCCUUUUGUUACAAUUCCUCCUGUACAGUCAACAAAAGAUAGUAUAGAUAAUACUGCAAUUAAUGAAGAUUGUAAGAACAGAACAAAUUAUCAUUGGAUAAAUGAAAAUUUUGAAAAUGUAAAUGUUAAUACAAGUUUUCAAGCAAAAUACUUUCAUCAAGAAUUGCAAGUUGAUCCUUAUGAUAUACAAGAGCUACUAUUGAAUUUGCAAAGAAAAUUGAAUAUUGAAGAUAGUGACAAAAGUACAGAAACUGAUGAAACUGAAACUUGUGUUUCAAGUGUUACAUCAUUAUUUAUUAAAACAUUAGAUAAAUUAAGUCAAAAAUAUGUAAAGAUACAAGAAGAACUGAAAAAAGAAAAAAAAGCAAGGCACCGUUUACAAAAAGAAGUAGAAGGAUUAAAGUUAAUUGUAAAUGAAGUAAUGCAAAAUGUUACUUCACUACAUGAAAAAGUGAAUAACUCAAACACAGUCAAUUGUUCUCAGAUAUCAUUCUGUAAUCAACAAUGCCAGACAGAUUUAACAAGUGAUAUACCAACCAGAGAUGAUCCGAUAAAUGCUAAUAAUAAGAUUUCAUUCAAUAAUGAAGACAAGUGUUUCACUGCGAGUGCAAUGAUUAACAAUAAUGUUAGUGAAUUAUCUAAUAUGACUUCAGUUAAUUGCAAUUGUAGUUCUGUCACUCAAGGAUGUGUGCUACCUCAUCAGUGGACAAAAGCCAUAAUGCUGAAACCACCUAUUCAACUUGAUUUAAAUACAUACAAAUCAUAAAAUGUAAAAUUAGGAAAUUUCAUCUUGAUGUCUGAUAAAAUCAAACUCAUUCAUUUACAAACUAUUAUAUUACAUAAUUUUUAUUUUUAUGCAAACAUUCUCAAAAACUUUUUUUUUAUAUCUUUUUAAGCAUUAAUA